CCACUGCCUCCUUUGGGUACAGUGACUAGCCUGACCCACUGGGAUCACCAGUGCACACUUUAUGUCAGGAUCAAUUCAUAGAGAGCAAGUGCUCCUCCACAGCUGCUCAGUGUCCCAUGGCUAUCAGCUGUAGCCAGCCGUCUUCUCCCUGAGCCCCAUGAAUGCCAGGAUCCCAGGAUUCGAGGUGUGCAGCUGGUGAUAGCAUUUGGCACUUGGUAACUUGUCUGUUAACAAUUACUGACAAUAGCCAUUGGUAAAGUCUCACGAGGAAGUGGUGCUGAGUGGGGCCAUUCUCAGGCUUGAUGAAGGAGUCGUACAAGGAUGCAAUCCGGAUGCUCAACACCCUGCAGACCAAUGCCAGCUACCUGGAGCAGGUGAAGCGGGAGCGUGGUGACCCCCAGGCUCAGUUGGAAGCCAUGCAGGGCUUUUUGGAGAGGAGCGGACUGAAGGUCGAGGACCUGGAUCGACUGAACAUCAUCCACGUCACGGGGACGAAGGGCAAGGGCUCAGCGUGCGCCUUCACUGAAUGCAUCCUCCGUAACUACGGGCUGAAGACAGGUUUUUACAGCUCCCCUCACCUCGUGCAGGUGCGCGAGCGGAUCCGCAUCAAUGGGCAGCCCAUCAGCAAGGACCUCUUCAACAAGUACUUCUGGCUGGUCUACAACCGCCUGGAGGAGACCAAGGACCCAGCACACGGCAGCAUGCCGGCAUAUUUCCGCUUCCUCACCAUCAUGGCCUUCCACGUCUUCCUGCAGGAGAAGGUGGACUUGGCAGUGGUGGAAGUUGGCAUUGGUGGCACCUAUGACUGCACCAACAUCAUCAGGGCACCGGUGGUGUGUGGGGUCUCCUCCCUGGGCAUCGACCACACCAGCAUCUUGGGGGACACCAUGGAGAAGAUCGCCUGGCAGAAGGGGGGCAUUUUUAAGCCCGGUGUGCCGGCGUUCACCGUGGCGCAGCCGGAGCGGCCGCUGGAGGUGCUGAGGGAGCGAGCCCAGGAGCGGAAGUGUCCCCUCUACCUCUGCCCAGAGCUGGAUGACUUUGAGGAGGGCUGCCGGGCGCUGGAGCUGGGGCUGGCAGGUGCCCACCAGCGCUGCAACGCUGCCCUGGCCUUACAGCUGGCACGGACGUGGCUGCAGCGCCGCGGCUGCCAGGGUCUUGGGGAGCUGAAGGAGGGGCUGCCAAGCACCGAGCUGCUGGGGGGGCCAGUGCCACUGGCUCCUGCCUUCCAGCUGACCGAUGCCAUGAUCCAAGGCCUGCGGGACACAGAGUGGCUGGGCCGGACUCAGGUGCUGUCCCACGGCCCUGUGACGUGGUACCUGGAUGGAGCUCACACCACCAGCAGCAUCCAGGCCUGCGUCCGCUGGUUCCGCCAGGCCGCCCUCAACCAGGACAAGCCCCAUGAUGGUUCUGAGGUGCGUGUGCUGCUCUUCAAUGCCACAGGCGACCGGGACACGGCGGCGCUGCUCAAGCUGCUGGUGCCCUGUCACUUUGACUAUGCUGUCUUCUGCCCCAACUUCACAGAGGUGUCAGUAGCCAACAAUGCAGACCAGCAAAACUUCAACGUGACGCUGGAGAAUGCCCUGACCCGCUGCCUGGAGAACCAGCGGACAUGGACGAGGCUCCUGGAGGAGAAAGUGGGGCAGGACCCCUGGCUCCCAUCCCCCCUGCGGGUGGGGGGGCUGCUGCAGCCGGCCCCCGCCCGAGGCUCCCUGCUCCUGGUGCCCCCAGCCCCCCGGCCCCUCAAUUCCCCAGCGCUGGUGUUCCCGUGCCUGGCACAGGCGCUGCGGUGGGUGGCGCAGGGCCGGGACCCCCAGCUGGCCGCCCCCACGGCCUCGGGGGCGCACCCCCACCCCGCAGCCAGCAGCGGGGCCGUGCUGCUGCGGGAGGCGGCCGCCGUGCGGGUCCUGGUCACCGGCAGCCUGCACUUGGUGGGAGGAGCGCUCCGGCUGCUCGACCCCGCCCUGUCCCAGUAACGGGGCUCAGGGCUUGGCACCUCUGUUUACACGAAGCACCAGUUUUGCCCCCAGUGAUGCUCAGCGGCAUCUGGAGGGGGAUGUGGGACCCCCCACCCCAUCCUGGCUUGGCUGUUUUCACCCCAGUGCCUUCUGCCUGUACCCUUCCCGGGACACUGUCCAUGGGGGGAUGCUCCUGGUCUCCAUCCCCAGCCUAGUCAGUCUGACUGGGGGGACCCCCAGGGUUUGGGGGGCUGCCCCAGGUUAUGAUGAGGUCCAGUGCCUGGUAGGUGGGAGCCUCAAGCUGUGGCAAGGCUCAGCGUCAGGGCACAAUUAAUUUAACAUAGGGAAGGUUUUUAUUAUUAUUGAUAAGAGUUUGUAACUUGGACGGGGAGCUGGGGGGAGUGGUGGGUUCUGCCCAUCGUCCUGUGGGAGGGCAGCAGCCUUGCACCAUCCUCCACAAAUAAACCUCUUGCUGCUCCCA